AUGGCGGGAGACCAGUACGAGUUGAACGGGGCUGACGAUGGCAAAUUUGGCAUCUCAGAGCAUGCGAAUAGCAUAUCUCUCGAGGAUGAGCCGCGAAAGAACUCAGUCGCAAGUUUUCGAACUCGCUUUAUCGACAGCUUCAGACGAGAUCCCAAUGCAUACUUUUCGCGGCCAGCGAACGCGGACAGCCAUUUCGAUGCAGAGCAGGCUGCAGCCGCAACGGCCGCUUCGCCUCUGCGGCGAGCGCUGAAGUCUAGACAUCUUCAGAUGAUCGCUAUAGGAGGAUCUAUCGGAACCGGGCUGUUCGUCGGCUCUGGCAAGGCGCUGGCCACUGGAGGGCCCGCAUCAGUCGUGAUAUCUUUCUGUCUCGUUGGCAUAAUGCUCUACGCUACUAUCCACGCCCUUGGUGAACUCGCCGUCUGUUUCCCCGUCGCCGGAUCCUUCUCACACUACUCUACUCGUUUCAUCGAUCCAGCCUGGGGUUUCGCUAUGGGAUGGAACUACGCUAUCAUGUGGCUGACCCUUCUACCGCUUGAGAUCGUCUCUGCUGCGAUUACAGUUGGAUAUUGGAAGUCUAAUGUCUCUCCUGCGGCCUGGGUCGCCAUAUUCUACACCCUCAUUGUCUGCAUCAACAUGUUUGGGGUCAGAGGGUACGGCGAGGCAGAGUUUAUCUUCUCCAUAAUAAAGGUCGUUGCGAUCAUAGGGUUCAUUAUCCUUGGAAUCACUAUCAACUGCGGCGGUGGUCCAAACGGAGAGUACAUUGGAGGUAAAUUCUGGAGGGAUCCCGGUGCGUUCAACAACGGAUUCAAAGGCCUCUGCAGUGUCUUUGUUACAGCCGCCUUCACCUUUGGCGGAGGAGAGCUUGUCGGUCUGGCUGCAGCAGAGACCAGCAACCCUCGCAAGUCCAUCCCAACCGCUGUCAAGCAGGUUUUCCGGCGUAUCGUCUUGUUUUACAUGGUCUCCAUGACCGUUGUUGGCCUGCUGGUGCCAUACACUGAUCAGAGACUACUGAACGGAUCAGGGAGUGCCGACAUCAAGGCUUCUCCCUUUGUGAUUGCUAUACAGGAUGCCGGCAUCAUCGGCCUUGACUCUGUUAUGAACGUCGUCAUCAUGAUCUCCGUUUUAUCUGUUGGAAAUGCUGCCAUCUACGGCUCUUCUCGAACACUGGCUGCACUGGCAGAGCAACGCCAGGCUCCUCGAUUCCUGUCAUAUAUCGACCGCAAAGGCCGGCCGCUAAUCGCCAUUGCUGCUGCCUCAACCUGUGGACUGUUUGGAUUCCUGGCUGCUUCAGACAAGCAACAAGACGCCUUUACCUGGAUGUUGGCUAUCUCCGGUCUUUCCUCAGUAUUUACCUGGGGAUCUAUCUGUCUAGCGCACAUCCGAUUCCGUCAAGGCCUUAAAGCACAAGGCCAGAGUGUCGAUGACCUUCCCUUCCAGGCCCAGGGAGGCGUGAUUGGUUCCUGCAUCGGUUUCGCAAUCAACUGCAUUGUUCUCAUUGCCCAAUUCUGGACAGGCUUCGCACCUAUCGGCUACUCUGAGCUAUCAGCCGCAGGGCGUGUCAAGAACUGGUUCUCAACCUACCUGGCUGCCCCAGUUGUGAUCGCUUUUUACAUCACGUAUAAGCUAUGGCAUCGCACAUCCUUUGUUCGAGCAAAGGAUAUGGACCUAGUCACCGGGCGCCGUGACCUUAACCUGGCUCAUCUGAUAGCAGAAGAACGGGCUGAAAGAUUGUCCUGGCCAACGUGGAAGAGAGUGUAUAAGUUUUUCUGUUGA